GGCACCUGUGCGCGUGUCAUAAAUCAGCUCAGGUGGGUGUCCCGGGGUGACGUCAGCGCUGGGCAAACAAACGCGCGCUCGAGCGCUCUGGCAAGGUGAAGUUCAGUUAAAGUAAAACUUUCAGCUCGCGAGGAAAAUGUCCGUGAGCUUCCUGCUGGACACGGCCAUGUACGGCAACCCCGCGAGACACCUGAACCUCAGCCAGCCUCACCUGAACGUCUACCCGUCCGCCCCGUACCCGGACUACAGUGGAUACCACCCGGGUCCUGCCCUCGGGAAUGACCUGCAUCACACCGGCAGCUCGUGGAGUCCCGGGUUCGGCCCGGGUUCGCGUGAAGAGUGGCCGCCGCUCUACAGCCACGGGACAGGUCACUCGCUGCCGGUUAACGGCUUGGAGGUCAACGUGAUUCCGCCGGUGGAUCAGGGGCUGCUGAGCGGCGCACCGAGCGCGCCGGUGGAGAGAGAAGAGCCGCAGGACUGGAUGAGACGCGCCGCGGCUCCCCCGAACUCUGGAGGGAAGACACGGACGAAAGACAAAUACAGAGUGGUGUACAGUGACGUCCAGCGCCUGGAGCUGGAGAAGGAAUUUCAUUUCAGCAGAUACAUCACCAUCAGAAGGAAGGCGGAGCUCGCCGGAGCCCUGAGCCUAUCAGAACGCCAGGUGAAGAUCUGGUUUCAAAACAGACGAGCUAAAGAAAGGAAAAUGAACAAGAAGCGGCUGCAGCAGGCUCAGCAGAGCUCUGCAUCCACACCGCCCAGCAUGCCCGGCCACGGCAGCGCCGCCAUGGUCACUAGCACCAACAUCGGUUUGAUGACAGACAAUAUAUCGACCAACAUCAAAGAGGAAUACUGAAAACCCUUUCAAACAGAAGGAUAAACAGUACAUGUUUACACAGUUUCAGCGACACUGAAUGGAACGUUCAUAUUGCACUACACAAAUGACACGCAAACACGUUUUAUUGUGAAUAAAGCGCACAGUAUUUCAAUUUUUGUAAAAAAAUAUGAUCUCUGAGUAUGUUGAACGACUGAAGACACACGUCAUAAUGCCUUCUGAAUUGUUUUGCAUACUGCUUUUGAUGACCUCAUAACUACUGACAAUGAUUUGAUGACUAUAUUUGCAGUGCGUGUAUCACUAUUGCUUUGCUUUGCUAUGUAAAAUAUUUUACACCUACUGGAUCAUGGAAAACUGACAUUUUUUUUUUUUUUAAAAAAGGAGUCAACUGGUGCCUCUGUGUAAUUAUUCAUUUUAAAAAGUGUAAAAUUUUUAAUAAAAAGAUACUAUUUGAGGAGAAUGUAAAACUGGACGGUCUGUGAAGAAUGUGAAUUUCACAAAAACUAUUUUUUUAGGAUCAUUAAAAUUUUUUUUUGCAUUUUGACAUUAUUUUCAUGAUAAUUAAGCACAUUUUUUUCCAAAUUCUCAUUACU